AUGGCCUCCUCCCCCAGCUUGGAGAUCGAGAUCGCGUCCGACUCUAACGCGGAGCAGAAGCGCAACCCUAGUGGUUUCGUCCCCGCAGCUGCUGUUGUGGACGAUUACGUCGUCGAUAUAUUCUCGGCGUCAGCAUAUGGAGACCUGCUGAAGCUCCGUAGGUUCGUGGAGGAAGAAAAGGCUUCCCUCUUGAAUCCCGAUGGCAACGGUUACUACGCUCUACAAUGGGCGUCCCUUAACAACUACUCCGACAUUGCUCAGUACAUCAUCGAGGUGGAUUUCCCUGGUUAACAGUUUCCCGUGUCUAAGUUUGCAAAUAUUUACUAUAUUUUGCCGGAUUAUUUUUUUUCUUCAGCACGGGGGCAAUGCCAAUGCCGCUGACAACGUGCAGCAGACAGCUCUUCACUGGGCAGCAGUUCGGGGUUCCAUUGCUGCGGCAGACGUGCUUUUGGAAAAUAGAGCUCGUGUCGAAGCGGCAGAUCUCAAUGGAUACAGGGUACAUGGAAUUAGAAUUUAUAUUGUUGCAUUCAUUAAGCUUGGUCCCUGAGUUUGCGUCCCCAUCAGGCAGUUCACGUUGCAGCACAAUACGGACAAACGGGGUUUCUGAACCAUAUUGUUGCCAAGUACGGUGCAGAUUUUGACUCAUUAGAUAACGACGGAAGGAGUCCCCUGCAUUGGUGCGUUGAAAUACCAUGCUUCCAUCUUACUAUGAAGAGUUUGCAAUUUGAUUACUAUUAUUACAGAGUGGCCCAUAAAAGAAAAGAGCUUGUACAAAGGCCAAUGCACGUCCUCCAGUAAUCUUGCAUGUGCUUUCCUCAAUUCUUUUUAAUUGCGACGUCAAUUUCUUAGUUUCAUCUCCAUACUAGUUCUUGAUCUAGUAUACUGUCAAUAAUUUGGAUUAUAUUUUCUAAGAGGGGCCCAAAGAAACUGGAGAAUAAGUUAAAAUACUUUUUUCAUGAAUAACGUUUUAUAAAUGAAUGUAUCAUAUUAUGACUAGUUUUUCCAUGUCUGCGAUUAAGGGGCCACUCUUCUUCCCCUUCCUCCCUCUCUGUACUGUCUGUGUGGCCUUCCUCUAAGCAGUUAAAUUGCAUCUUCUCUCAGGUUUUUUACGACUUAGAUGGGAUUUAGUUUAACAAAAUUUAAGGCUCUGCAUGGUGGUAUAAAAUUUCACGCAUUGUUAAUAUGCCUCAAUAGAGCAAGAGAACCAUGAUAUGUACAACAUUUCUUUGCACUUAUAAUCUCCUUACUUGAAAUUAAUAUCCGUAGCAUUGCAAGAAUGGUACUUUACAUAGACCCUCCUAGUCUAGAAAGAUACCUUUGGAUUUAUGACUACUAUUUAUGUUGUUAUUCACCUAUCAUGUGCCAUAAAUAGGGGUGCCUUUAGAAAUCAUGUUACUGGAAGAGUGAAAUCGAAUCCCUUCAAUCUAACAAUAUUUUUCCUGUUCACAACCUCUCCAAAAGAUUUUAUCUAUGAUUACUUACAGCCUCCUUAAAGUAUUAGUUUGAAUAGCAUUUUAUUAGUAUACUUUUGAUGAACGCAAUGAUUAGUCAGGUUUGGGGGGCUGAGAACAUAUAUGGACUUUAAGUUACAAGUUUCUAUUUGCUCAUUCUCCUUGUCAAGAGAUAGUUUGAAUGAGUUUACUUUGCUAAAACGUAAAAUAUCAUUCUCUGUGUUGUUGGUGUACGCAUGCACUGUGUUGGAAAUUUUAUGUGCUCUUGAUGUAAUAACAUAGGAUAAAUUAUGGACUAUGGUGAAGAUAGUGGGUGCUUUUUCUUUGUGAUCUAAAAUUCAAUUCUGUGUAGGGCUGCUUAUAAAGGAUUUGCGGACACAAUUCGGUUGCUUUUAUUCAGAAAUGCAUUCCAAGGCAGACAAGACAAAGAAGGUAGCUGUCCAUAUCCAUUAUUCUCUAUCAUUUGUUUUCUUCUUUUCUCUUUUACAUCUUAACCAGUAUCUUGGCUAUAUCCCUGGUCUAUUUCAUUGUUUGAUGUGGAAUAGCUUGAUGAUGAUGAUGAUGGUUAGUGUAUGUGACGCAGCAGAAAUUUGAAGAAUUGAUAACUUGAUCACGUUUUAGCUUUGGCUGUGUAUUCUAGAAGCAAAAUCACGACCUUGAAUCUAAAAAGAACAUGUCUUAGUUGAAAACUCCUUGCCUUGAAUCCACAGAACGAAGAGAUUUCGCUCCUAGAGUCCACAAGGGGUGAACGAAGAGAUUUCGCUCCUAGAGUCCACAAGGGGUUGAUCCUGAGUCUACAAGAUCGAAAAUGGCCCCCUGAGUCCAUAGAGAUACUGGAAUCCACCAAUAGAAGGGGAGAACCUCCAAAAUGGAAGGGAACUCGAAAAUUGAUUCAUAAAAAUGUGCCUUCUUGGGGCUACAAGGGGGGGCUUAUUUACAGGCCGAAAAUUAGUUAUAACUAACCUAUAAAGAGGGAAAUCUGUUAUGAUCCUGGAAAAUAGAGAGAAGAGAACAGAUUAAACUUUCUAUGAAAAAGGAAGAUUCUGUUAGAAGGCCCCCAAGAAAUAAGAACGUCUUAAAUAGAAUAGGGGGAUUAUUUUACAUGGAUAAAAUGUGCGAAUUGUAAGAUUUAGGCUUACUAAACAUGUGACCAAAUCUCUUAGUGGGCCAAUUGAAGCUGAAUUUGAGCAAAAGAUAGUCUUCACAUCUCUUGAAUCUCUGAUUCACUUGACUUGGUCUAAAACAUCAUUGCACUUGAUUCUAUUCCUUUUUAGCCUUCUUGACGCAGAUCUUAUUAGUUCCUCCACCUGGGUCAAAAACCUUCCAUUCCUCAUUUGACAGCAAUUUCUAGGGUACAUCAGUGUGGUUCAUGUUUUGGUAAAUUAUUCUUGGACCAUAUAAAUACAUAAAGCUUAUAGUCAACAAAACUUUUAUGGACUUUUUUUAUUUAGUAGUUAUAUUGAGCAGGUAUUUUUUUUCUCUGUGGUAAGUGUUGAUGUCUUCGAGAUCAAAAGACAGAAAACGGAAGAUUUUUACCAAGCUGGUGUGUAUUUUUGAGAAUAGAGGAAAAAGGUGAGAAAGUGGUGUUACAUGAACACCAUAAAACGAUAGUGAUGAUGAGGUGCGCGUUGGAGACAUGUAGAUAUUCCAGUCACAACCCCCCAAAACUCUCAUCCACCUCUGACACUUGAUCGGAGUGUUGAAAUUUCUUUUCACUUAUACCUCUCUGCCUUGAUAACACCCCCAGUUUUCCAGUUCUUCUCAAGUAAACACGUGUUAUUUUAAACAUACAGUCCUUUUAGAUUUUUCAAAAAAAUAAUUUGACAUGCAACAUAUCCAUUAACGUCAACCCAUCCGUGACUAAGAACAGCAAACACGAGAGAUGGAUUACAAAUCAACACAAAUGUCAUAAGAGAAUCAACACCUCUUUUUUAGGAACAUUCUCGUUCCCUUCAUGACAAAUCAAUUUGUCGUGCCCAAAUUCAUCUGCUGCAAGAGUUAUCUCAACCAUGUUGUUUACUCAUCAAAUCUUUCAUGAUACUUGUUUAUUGUCUAAUCUAUUCAAGAAAAUCUAACCAAAGGAACCAGAGGAGGAGACUAUACCCAUUUUCUCUUUGCCUUCACACGACUACAACCAUCAUCCAGAGUAAUGUCCCUGGAGAACGACAGGCUUGAGAUUUUUUCCAAAUCACUCAGAGCAUUUUAUGUAUUUCAUCAGACUCUACAAGGAAAUGCCAAAGCUAUGGUACCAAUUGGACGAUUGGACAUUUAUAUGUUGACGUGAUUGAAAUUUAUGUAAUUCCCUUAAAUGUAUAAGAAAUUCGAUAAUAACCUAAUUUCUGGUUUCUUCUUUGAGGUUACCUAAUCAUUUUAGGUAACUAUUUUAACAUUGCUUUUUACUUGCCUCUUGACUCUGUUAGGAUGCACUCCAUUGCACUGGGCGGCACUGUCUGGAAAUGUGGAAGCAUGUACAAUAUUAGUCCAUGCAGGCACAAAGCAAGAACUGAUGGUGCAAGACAAAUCUGGAUUUACUCCUGCCAAACUUGCUGCCAAUAGAGGCCACAAUCAUGUCGCCUAUAUUCUCGUAUGCAUUUUCUCGGAACUCGUGAUAAUUCGAUCAUAUAACUGGGGAGCCGGGAUAAAGCUUAAUCCCUGUUGAUUCAACUGGAAAACGCAUAUGGGUGGUAGUGACAACACAAGGACUACCUUAUGCAUAAAAGUUAUUUCUGAUGACAAACAAUUGAUGCAAAAAAAUGCAAUUCCAUUUUGCUGUUUAUGCUGGUUAGAGCAGAACUGUAAUGUUAGGAUUUACAUUCGUUCCUAUUCUAUUCCUUCAUUGGUUUUCUUCCUCUUUAGUAACGGAUGCUUUAUCUUGCUGAUAGAAUGAAUGUAUUGCUUCUCAUGUAUCUGUUUCUUACUUGUCGAUUGGGUUCUAAGCAAAUGGAUGUGCAGUACGAGGACAGAUAAAGUUCAUGGUUUAUUUCUAAAGGAUAGGUUUUAUAAUUGUACAUAUUUGUUUUCACCUCGGUACAUAUUUGUUGUCCUUAAAUACCAUGCCAAAUAAUAUACUAUGUCCGUCUUGGUCUCGUACAAAGUUCACGCUAGUGUUAGUCUUUAUGUUUUUCGCUUUAUGGAGUGUUGCCACUGUAGAUAAAAGAAUUGACUCUGGUACACAUCGAAUAAUAAAAUGCAACUGAGUAGGUCUUAAAGGUGUCUCUUGCAACACUUGAGCUAUGCUCUAUGACAGACAACGGUGAUGGUGUCAAUUAUGAAAUUGUCGGUAGUCAGAUCAAAGAACAUGGGCGAUGUUUGUAGUGUGAUAUGAAUCUGUGACUUAUUUUCAUGCUUCCAUAUCUCACCACAGACCAAGGAAAAUUGUGAAUAUUUUCUACAGUUGUAGUCACUUGGAAACCUAUAUGGGCAUACUCUAUGGUGCAUUUUGGCCGGUGUUGUGUGCUUGAUCUGUGAACUGAGUAGAAUUCCCUUUUUGUCAUCACCCAAGAGAGAAGGGGGAACUUUAGUUGGUGUCAUUAUUAUCAUUAUCAUUGUUAGCACCAUCAGACUAUUGGUUUGAGCUUGUGGAAUGUAAGGGAUUCAUUAUUUCAUGAGAGAGUCAUAUUAAUUUUAAAAAGGGAGAUUUUCUUGAAUGAGUAUUCCUACCAUGUUGCCCUGAAUUCUGUUCUAAAGAUUUCAGUGCUUGUUUCUCUGGCAUGGAUGAUGAGGGGUCCUAGAUACAGUGCAUCAACUAGACGGGUCUUUGUGGUGGAUGGGCAUUAAAUUUGACUCUACUAUCCAAAAGUCUUCCCAGACAUGGAGAAAAUGUGAGAUGAGUGUAGCAGUCAUAUUAGAGAAGUAUUUUAGGUGUGGUAGGAUAUUGAGUAUUCCACCAUCCAAUGUUUAUUUUGAAGAAUUGAGGGCACUGACAUUAUGGUGGAUGGAGAUAUUAAGCGCUCUCUUGCAGACAGAUGCCUGGUGUUUUUCCAGGAGUUUUGCAAGCUAGCUAACAGUUGUGUGACGAAUUGGAGCACUCUUUUGCAUGGAGGGCAAUAUGCUGAACUUUGAAAUUUACAGCGAUUUGGAUGCCUUGUCUGCUCUAUUUUCUGAAAGGCUCUUUUAAAUUAUAUUGACUCUCACAAGUACAAAUGUUGAACACAUAGACGACAGCUCACCUCUCUACUAGAUACAUAGUGCUAACUCGCCAAUAUGGAUUGAUGGCCCUAUAUUUGUUUCAAUUACACCAAAAACUUGUUUAUCAUCGUAGCCAACUAAUACUAGGACCCUUAAUGUAAAAAAAUAUUAAAUCAUUCAUCUUUGAUAAACGAAGAUCAUUUGAAUGUAGUUCAGGUAUUGUCUUGAAAGUGAAAGUUAGAGAGUUGACAUGGUAAAGUUUUUUCAAUGCGUACUUCAAUGGAAUAUUUUUCAUGCCAAAAGAACUUGUACAAAGGUAGCAAAUUUUAAAUUUUGUGAAACUUCUUCCAAGGUUCAAUACAGAAUUUUAGCAUCAUUUUUAUGUCAUCCAACAAUGAUAAGAUGCGGUAUAAAAUGAUCACUUUACUCUUAUAUACUUUUUGCUCACCAAAACUAGAUUGGCGUCAUUUUAAGAAGAUUUGGCAUUUUAUUAUGAGCUAUGAGAAGUGUUUCUUUCAAACAACACUGAAGGUCUUCUUUAAUUUCAGCGAAACGUUCGUACAAGAAAUGAAGAAAAAAAAAAUCUUCAAUUUAGUCUUCUAUAAAUUAUUGCCGACAAGAAAAUUUAUAGUAUAUGAAAGCAAGCAUUAUGUACGUUAGAUGUGUCAAAGAUUUGAAAAUAAAAUGCUAGGACACGAGAGGGGUUGUAUAUGUAUGCAUGUACUGAAAUAAAGUUAGAAAAACUGUCUCCAAGAUUGACGGACAAGUUGGAUGUUGAUUUUCAGUAGAUGUUCAGGUCUUGCGAACAAAAGAUUCUUAAGUUCAAAACUCUGAAUAUUUUAAAGUUUCUUAAGUUGAAAUGACAGCAUAGUUGAUUUAAGGUUUCAUAAUUGUAGAUCUUGUUUUUCAAAAAAAUAUCUUUUAAUUUAUUCUUUUUUGUAACUUAAUUUAGAACAAUGCGACAAAGAUGCACAAGAACCCUUGUGGAGGCAGAUUUUUUGGCGGAAACAUUGGGAAAAUUGGCUAUGCACCUAUUCUAUUCGUUGUUAUGGUCAUUCUCACGGUUCUUUUUAUCACCUCCAUUCUAAAUGGUCAGUUGCAUUCCCUAAAUUGUUGUACUAUAAUAUUAGAUGUCCUGUUCAUUUUACAAAGGUGAUUAUUUCUAUCUACAGCCCCAAAUUUUCCGAAGGUUACUGCUGUUGUCGGUCUGUGGGGAUGGGCUGCUGUGUCUCUUCUAUUUGGCUCUCUUCUAAUGUUCUAUAGAUGUAGCAGGUACUUCAUAGAAUUCUUACAUCAUAAUUGUCAUUGUUUCAUGGUCUUUAGAAGUAAAUCGUGCUUCCAUUUUUUUCUGGCAGCAAGGACCCAGGUUACAUCAAACCAAAUUCAGGAGAUUCAGACACAGAUGUAUGCAACAACUAUCUGGGUUGCCCACUCUGGAAUCCCUUUCCCUUAUAAAUGCUUAUGUUGGUAAAAUCGUUACAUAUUCUGAAGUUGCUUAGACGUUAAGCUGUAUGAAGUUACCUGCGUUGAAAUUACAGAGCAAAUAGAAUACUGAUUGCAUCUAGUUUUUGGGCGAGACUAGAAACAUGGCCUCCAGAGGUUGGUUUGUGCCACUGAACUUAGAAAGCUCGCAAACAUUUUAAUUUCCCACGCGAAGGAACAUGUGUAUCCUUAUAUUCAGAAUCCGGAUGAGAUAUUAGGUUGUAACCUCCAGAGUCCCUGCCAUCUAAAUCUCACUUCAUGUUCACUAAAUAGACUCUCUGGCCUUGGUCAUAUUGGCUGUGUCCCGAUGAAGAUCAUAUCAACCAAGUUUCUGAAGGAGAGAAGAGCAGUUCUAUCUGAAAUAUUAGAAGAAUAAAAAAGGAAUAAUUUUUAUAGAUGCUUGGAGACGAAGAAAAGGCAGAAAAGUAGUUGGAGUUGGAGUAGGUAGUGACAGCUCUUCAUCAUGUUUUCUUAUUGCUCCCUUUACUCAAAGACUUUGUACCUGGUAGGAUUGGCCAAUUGGAUCAUAAUUUAUUGAUUUAUUUAUUUAUUUAUUUAUUCCUCCUCUUGCAAUGACGUGUAAGACUUCCCCUUGAUAUUCGAACAGCUAAUCUUGAUCUUGAUAUCAGUAAAUGAUAAAAAUCAGCUUCUGAAGUGAAUAUCUGAAGUAUUGACUAAAAAUCAACUUCAUUACUGAUAGUCCGAUGAAGUGACAAAAUUUGUGAAUGUUGCAAUCAACAAAGUUGAAGUCUAAAUAGCAUUGUUAUCAAUGAAAGAUCUCAAGCGUAGAUACACACUUCCUUGAGGAUUGAUAUUGCAUCUUUAUCGUGGUAACAAUAGGAAGAACCAAUGUUAGUGUCAGACUGCUUUUCGCACAGAGUUACUCCAUUUUGGAUGUUUUAUUGCAGUAGAUUUUCGUUUCAUGGAUUACCAUCUUCUUAUGACAUUCUACUCUCGUGAUCUUCUUAUUAAUUAGUGCUCCAAAGAUAUUCAUAACUCUUUCAGUUCGGCAAGAAUAUGUAUAACUUUUUCAGAUGCUCAAAUCAAUAAAAACACCAGCAUGACUCAAAUCAGCAGUAUAGUAGGAAGAAUUUAUAAUCUAGAUUUCGGCUUUUACUUGUUCCUUGGAAGCUGUAAAUAUCAGCGGGCAUGGGGAAAACAGGAGCAAUGACAUGAAGUUUGAGCUUUGUAUUCUUGGACUGUUCUUCUUAUCAGCGAAGUAGUCUGGUGACCCAAAAUGUAGAUGAAUAAUCGUUCUCAUGAGCCAUGCAGAGAUAGCAGCUUAGGGUUUGAACGGCAUACAGUACCUUCCAAAAACCAGUCAACCCCCAGCCCCCCUUUCCCCUUCUUCGGAUGAUGGGAAUUGUGUUGGGUGCCCAUAAUCCAAUUUUCCUUUUCCUGAACCAUUUGCUAUUACCGUAUUUUUCUUAUGUUUUCCACACUUUAAUCUCUUUAAUUGAUUUCCUCUCUCAGGAUCCUCUGUUGAAUAUCGAUCUCAGUGACCCAUCUUCUUUGAGCUUCAGCUGGUCCCAGCUCUGUCCUACCUGCAAGGUAUGCGCCGCCCCCCCCCCAACCCCCCUCGAGUUGACUUCCCUGACGUGCUUUCGUUCUGCGCCGUCAGAUUAUCAGACCUGUGCGCUCGAAGCAUUGCCCGACAUGCAACCGCUGCAUCGAGCAGUUCGAUCAUCACUGCCCAUGGAUAUCGAAUUGCAUAGGAAAGGUGAGAUAUUCGGAGCAGCUGCAGGAUGAUGAGCUCCCUCCAGCUGCUGGAUCAUCCGUAGAAAGCUUCUCCUAUCGUUGACUUUUUUCUGAUCCCAACAGGGUGCCCUUUUGCAGGAAAACAAGUGGGACUUCUUUGUGUUCAUCUGCAUGGGAACGCUGACCUCAUUCAUGGGCGCCGCCGUUGCCGUUCAGAGUACGGAGCCCCACCCUCUCCCCCACCUUCCCUCACUUCUCCCAAGAACCAUUUCGUCAUCGGAUUAAUGGACACAGGGAUGUGGACCGGAUCGCUAGAAACCCCUCUUUCUCGGAGGUGGAUCAGUCACAUGGUGUCUGAGCAUCCCGGCGCCGUUAUAUUCCUGGCCGUGGACCUUAUCAUCCUCUCUGGAGUUGCGGCGCUGACCAUCGCCCAGUCUUCUCAGGUAACAAAACCCUUAUUCUUUUCGCUUUGAACCAUAUAUUUCGUCGAGCUUGAUCUUGUUGAACGCCGGGAUGUCAACGCCUGCAUCCCCGUUGACUCGCAGAUCGCUCAGAACAUCACGACCAACGAGCUCGCCAACGCCACCAGGUACGCGUAUAUGCGGGGGCCCGACGGCCGGGCCCGGAAUCCUUACAACCGCGGCUGCCGGAAGAACUGCGUUGACUUCCUAAUCAACGGCCACGGCAGCGACGAAAUCGCCUGGCCCUCGCUUCAUCAGGCCGCAAGCUCAUGA